AUGGGGCUCAAGUUUACACCUUACCUUUUUGCCACAGUAACUUGGAACUUGCUUAGGAUUCACAAGGCCACCAGAGACAAGGAGUCGAUCACCAAAAAGAAGCUGGUAAAGGGCCACGCCUACUCCGUCACAGGCUUGGAUGAGGUGAUCUUCUGUGGAAACGUGACCAAGCUGGUCCGCAUCAGGAACCCCUGGGGUGAGGUAGAGUGGACCGGUGCUUGGAGUGACAAUUCUCCAGAAUGGACCAGUGUGGACCGUGACGUCCACGCUCGGCUACAUAACCACAGGAAGGACGGCGAAUUCUGGUUGUCCUUCAGCGACUUCCUGUGUCAGUUCAGCCGUCUGAAUAUCUGCAACCUGACAGCCGAUGCCCUCCAGAACAGCCAGAUGACAACGUGGAGCUCGUCGCUGUAUUCUGGCGAGUGGAGACGGGGCAGCACUGCCGGAGGCUGCCGGAACUAUCAGGAAACCUUUUGGCUGAAUCCGCAGUUCAAGUUGGUGCUGCAGCACCCCGAUGUGGCCAGCCUUUCGGAUUGCAGCUUCCUUGUGGCGCUCAUGCAGAAGGACCGCAGGAAGAUGCGACGGGAAGGAAAAAAAGCAGAGAGCAUCGGCUUUGCCAUCUAUGAGGUUCCUGAGGAGGCUAAAGGUCAGACACGGGUUCACUUGAAGCAGAAAUUCUUCAAGACGCACACCAUAAGCGCUCGCUCCGAAUGCUUCACCGAGUUGAGGGAGGUCAGCUCGCGACUGCGUCUCCCAGCCAGCGAGUAUGUUAUCGUUCCGUCCACCUUCAAGCCCCACAAGGAGGCCGAUUUCAUCCUGCGGGUUUUCUCUGAGAAACCUGCCGAGUCCGGUUGUCGCAAGCUGGGCUUGGUCGAGUGCCACGUGCUGUGGGAGAAGAUUAAACGCUACCUGACAUUAUUCAGGAACUAUGACUUAGACAAGUCGGGAAGCAUGAGCUCUUACGAGAUGAGGACGGCACUGGAGUCCGCAGGUUUCAAGAUGACCAAUCACCUGUUCCAGCUCAUCAUCCUGCGAUACACUGAGGAAAACAUGACUGUCGACUUUGAUAACUUCGUCAUAUGUCUCAUCCGCCUGGAGUCCAUGUUCAGAACAUUCAAGAUCAUGGACACAGACGCAAAAGGAGUCAUCGAACUCAAUUUCUCCCAGUGGCUCUCCCUCACCAUGUUUGCCUAGACGCAAGCGAGCGGCUUACCUGGUGCCUUCAGAUGCGGUGACCUCAUCACCGUCUUGCUGUCAUGUUGCGAACAAUGUAAUUUUGCCAUAGAGCAUUGGUGUCAAUUUUGUUUUUGUCAAGGGCCAAGUCGUAGUUUUGGUUUCCCUCUUGGGCCGUUACCACAGUGAAAAUCAUGUCAGCAUUCUCACCUCAUCAUAUUACUGCAAAUAUACAACCGCCCCUGAAAUUUAUAGUUAUGCCGUAUUUACAUUCACAACUUACUAAAAGUUAGGGACAUUCAGUAUUCAGGUGGAAAAUCAGGAUAAAGAACCUAGACGGUGAACUUUGUUUGAUCUAUUCUAAACUUGAGAAUUUUUAACUUUUCAAUGUGUCAGCACUUUUUGCUCUCACGAGGAGCUGAAGAGCAAAAAUUCACAAUGUGUUUAAUUCACAGACAUUACCAAGCACAUAAACUCAUGCCUUUCUGUGACUCUUCCAUUUGCAACCUGCUGAUGACUUCUUUGCGACACUUGAAAUGUCAAAUAACUCUUGAGGAAUUAAGAGGGGUGGUUUAGUCUCAUGAGGUCAAAAUGUUACAAAAAUGAUGCUGGGAUUUUUUAAAAUACAUGUUUUAAUUUAACUAGGAAAUGUAUUGGGCUAUUUGAUGACACACAUGUUGUGUUAAAGCCAACUAUUAGUGCAAAAAGUUGAAAAGUUGUACAUGUGAAUUUAAAUGUUUGGUAAAGGUCAAAUAAAGUUCCUCCGGGUUUGAAGAUCAAAAUUUAUUUCACAUUCGUUCUGAAAUUUAACCAUUUAAAACCCUAACAUCACUAAUUUUUCUUCAGUAGUGUAUAUUGUCAAGGACUAAUU